GGCGUUGGGUACAUUUUAUUUUGACUCUGUUUAUUGCUUAUAAAAGUCUAGAAAAAUAAUCACGUUUGUUGCACGUAUUUUUUUUUUGGAGCAAACUAUCCAUAAAAACAUUUUUAAAUAUUCCGAAAAGUUUGUUUUUAUCUGCUUGUGGGGAAAAUUUGUUUUGCAAGGCACAUUUAAACGUUCACAGGCGGAAAAUGGCUGAGGAUUUCGAUGUGGAAGCCAUGCUGGAAGCACCGUACGUGAAAAAUAAAUCUAACGUUGGUAGUGGUUCCAGAGAAGAUGAAGCAAACAGAGGUGGUGGACAAGAGGAGCCUGACGGCAAAUAUACAAAAGAAGAGAAACGGGAAAGCAGAAAAUAUUCAGAUCGUAAUGGUCGAAAAAAUACAUCUAGGAGCCGAUCUACAUCACGCGAUGUUGAAGAUGGCAAACAUCGUCGCUAUUCGGAUCGUGAUAGAGGCAAAGAAAGAGAUCGUUACCGAUCAAAGGAUCGCGAAAGAGAUCGAAAAAGGUCUUCAAAAGAUAGAGACCGUAAUCGUCAUAGUAGCCGCUCCAAAGAUGCAAGAGUUAGAAGUCGUUCACGUGAACGGCGCCGUAGUCGGUCAAGGGACAGAAAAGGUUCUCAAUCGAGAUCUGAAGGAAAGAGCAGUCGCUCACGUGACUAUCGGCGUAGUCGAUCAAGGGAUCGUCGUCCUAAAGACCAGAUGAGCCCUAUAAAGGAGCGAGGACGUAGUCGUUCUUACAAGAGAUCAAGAUCGCGCGAAAGAAGUUAUCGACGUCACAGUGGUUCACCACGUCCAUUUAGGCGUGGACGCACUCCUUCCAAUGGUUUGGGACCAGAUCGUUCUCCACAAACAGAACUCAGUCCUGAGGAGCGUGAUGCACGCACAAUUUUCUGCAUGCAACUAUCACAGCGUGUUCGUGCACGUGAUCUUGAAGAAUUUUUUUCAAGCGUUGGCAAAGUACGUGAUGUCCGUCUAAUAACGUGCAACAAAACAAAGCGGUUUAAAGGAAUAGCAUAUAUUGAGUUCAAAGAUCCAGAAUCUGUGGCUCUUGCUUUAGGUCUAUCCGGGCAAAGGCUGUUGGGUGUACCAAUCGUAGUUCAGCAUACACAAGCUGAAAAAAAUCGUAUAGCAAAUGCAGUACCAACUUUUACACCCAAGAAUCAUACUGGCCCUAUGCGUUUGUACGUGGGAUCUUUACACUUCAACAUCACUGAAGAUAUGUUACGAGGAAUAUUUGAACCAUUUGGAAAGAUUGAUUCUAUUCAAUUAAUAAUGGAUACAGAAACUGGGCGCUCAAAGGGAUACGGAUUUAUUACGUACCAUAACGCAGAAGAUGCAAAAAAAGCCUUGGAACAAUUAAAUGGCUUUGAACUUGCAGGACGUCCAAUGAAAGUUGGCAAUGUAACGGAAAGACUUGACAUGAACACUUCUUCUCUAGACACUGAUGAAAUGGAUCGGAGUGGCAUUGAUUUGGGGGCGACUGGAAGACUGCAAUUAAUGUUUAAAUUAGCUGAAGGAGCCGGCCUAGCUGUUCCUCAGGCUGCAGCUAACGCGUUGCUUGCUACAGCCCCGCAACCCGUACCCAUCAACACACAAACCCAAAAUCCACCUAUAGCAACGCAAUGUUUUCUACUAUCGAAUAUGUUCGAUCCACGCACAGAAACCAAUCCCAACUGGGAUUCUGAAAUACAAGACGAUGUUAUUGAAGAAUGCUCGAAACAUGGAGGAGUGUUGCAUAUAUUUGUUGAUAAAGUUACGCCAACGGGCAAUGUAUACGUGAAAUGUCCGAGUAUAACAACUGCUGUGUUAGCAGUUAAUGCAUUACAUGGACGAUGGUUUGCGGGACGUGUAAUUGGUGCAACAUAUGUCCCUCUUCUAAAUUACCACUCAAUGUUUCCCGAUGCUAUUACAGCAGUUAAUCUUCUAAACACAAAUAGAAAAUCCAAUGAUUAGAUGGCUGUAAAAUAAAUAUUUUGAUCCUUUUUGAGUUAAGCUCUCCUCUGAUCAUAUUUUAUGGGGCGUCGGGGUAUAAAUGGUCUUUUUUAUUCCAUUAAUAUACAUGCACGCGCAUUCCUGUCCUUUAGACUAAGUCUUUUUUCAAUAUUUGUAAAAUUCAUUGGAGAGAAAAAAUAAAUGUUACUUUAGAGCAUUAAAUCUGAAGGCUUGCAUAUUGAUUCACUUGCCUUUUUGAGUCUUUGUUUCGAAUAUACACAACUGAGAUAAACAUUUUAUCCGUAUUAAUGCAUUAUCGGUAGAUGUUCUCGCUUGCCCAAUAAUUUGUAGUAAUAACAAUAAUUCAAUUUUUUACUGCAGAAGUGAGCUGCUUCUUAAUUUUUUUAAUAUUUUUUUCAGGAUUGGUGUGUUUUAAAAUUUGUAUACACGAAAUUAUUAAAGUAAACAAACAAAAAACAUGAAUGUUGGUUUGUUAAUAUAAAUAAAAUUUUGACGUGGCAUCAAUUCAAUGCAGAGGCGAGCAAAAUAGAAAAAGUUAAAGUAGAACUAAGAUUAAUUUUUUAAGUCGUUUUUUAUUACACAUAACCUUUUUGAAACGUACUCUUUAACAUUGUAACAAAUUAGUAAAUAAUUAAAUAUUAUACGAACAGAAA